CACAAAGCCAUCCCUAAAGAGACAAGCGUGCGUAGACCUCUCGAUAAGUAUGAACAUACAAGAUAUAGAGAGACGAGGUCAGUUAAUAGUUCAUUUCUGAUCCCAGGUGGCAGCGGAUCAAUACAGAUUCGCAAGGAUGGCGGUACAACAGCACGUGAUCACUGCACAACCAACUACGAAGCUCCUUGGUCCAAUCCACGGCCAUCGUGAUUGGUCCUCCGGCCUUUGCGGUUGUUUCAGCGACUGUGGAUCAUGUUUGAUGACAUGUUUGUGCUUGCCGUGUAUGGAGUGUAGGAACGCCUCCAGACUGGGAGAGUUCUGUUGCUUACCAUACUGCUGUCCAGGAGCGACCAUAGCAAUGAGAGCGAGGCUGAGGACGCUAGGGGGUAUACAGGGAAGUAUCUGUAAAGAUGUGUGUGCCCUCGCCUGUUGCCCGAUGUGUUCUGUCUGUCAGAUGUCACGUGAACUGGACAAUAUGGGCUUGUAGCCAACCAAUCAAACUGCGAAUGCGAUCGACUUGAUAUAACGCGGGGUUUCAUUGGUUGUUCCAAGACGUACAGCGAUUGGGUGAAGAGGCUUCCCGAACCUUCGCAGCUAGAUAUUGCACCGUUCUUUUUAAAGAAACAGUAGUAGUUUAAAAUCGUGCUUUCAUGAACGUUUUCCUUGUUGAAUUUGAUGUUGUCGCCUUUUCAAUUAUUUCCUUCAAUAAAAUGUGAUUUGCUUA